UAUACUCACCAAUGCCGAAAGUAGAUCUUAUUCCUUUUGAAGAUUGUGAUUUAUUAGCAAAUGCCGAUCGAUUAGGACCUCGGAUUAUUAAGGCAGGAAAUAGGACAUUGUUCAGUUCCAAAGAAGUUAAAUCCAUCAAAGAAGUUAACGUUUUGUUUCCUGAAGACAAAGGACUUGGUGCAUCAUUUACACAUGAAGAUCGAAUAAGACCUACCAAUCCUACUCCAAGAAGGAAUCGAGUAUGCAAUUUACAAAUAACAAAUUUUACUCAUGAUAAAAAAAAGUUGACGAAUUCUGAAAUAAACUUUCACGGAACAUCUAUUUUGGAUCGGGAUAAAGAGACAUUUAGAUCAGAAGAGUCACAAUGGCUUAAUAAAUUCGACAAAUAUGAAAAAAAAGGAUUGCUGUUGAUCAUUAACUUCAUGUUUUCUGGUGAAGAAGAACGGACAGGUUCAGAUGAAGAUGUUGGAAAUUUGUGUACAUUUUUCACGAAACUAAAGUAUGACAUUGAUUGUCGAGUCGAUAUGACUACAGAGGAACUUAGAACAUGCCUUGAAGAUGUGCGACAUAACUACCUAAGCAGGAACUCAUCAAAAUAUCAUUGUUUUAUUUGCGUUAUCAUGAGCCACGGAAGUAAGAAAGGUAUUGAAACCACAGAUGGUUUUAUAGAAAUUGAUGAAAUAGUUGACUACUUCAAAAACGAUAAAAUGAAAAAAUUCGUUGGAAAACCGAAAAUGUUUAUAUUUCAAGCAUGUCGAGGUGAGGAUAUCAAACAGAUACAAAACAACCAAGCUUCCCAUAGAAUGGUUCAGCAUGAUUCUGGAAGCCGAUUAGUCAAGUUACCAAAAGAAGCUGAUAUACUGAAGAUUUAUGCUACCACUCCUGGAAACCUUUGUUACCGAACAACUGGGUCAAAGUCAUGGAACGGAUCCUGGUUAAUACAUGCGUUCCUAGACAUGGCAAAGAAAAUGCACUCAAAACAUCACAUUGAUGAAAUAAUGACUGCUGUGAAACAUCAAUUAUCCACCAAUCCGGAAUAUGUAAAAGACGGCGAAACUUGUCAAAUGGCAUUAUCAGAAAAUAGCCUUACGAAACUAUUUUAUUUAUAAAAGUUUUAAAAGUGUGUUUUCGCACCUGUAUCCUUAAUGGCAUAAGACAACGAAGACAUGCAUUAGAGGAGUUAAAAUUUAAUUUAGUCCGUCUGAAUUUAUUCUUUGACAUUUCUAAUUGCGACGCCAAUUAAGUAUAAUCUGCCGCUUAUGUUUUAAGUAAUUUAAAUAAUUAGGCAAAACCCUACCCUAGAUUUUGACUAAAGGAAAAGUUGGGUUGCUGUCUAGUAGUAACAAAGUCCUGUUAAGGUCCAAUAGACAGUUACCCGGAUUUGUUUCAAUACCCUCGGGGAAUAAAAAGUCCCAAUAGCAGUUGCA